CACCACGAGUGGAUGCCCGCUGCGACGUUCCGAACCUGCUUAUGACUACCAUUCAUACCGACACACCUAUUUGCGGUGAUGUCCAUCAGCCCGAUUGUGCAAGUAUGAUGCAUAAUCCCUGAAGCAGCUCACGAAGCUGCACCAGCAAGCCUGUGCCAUUGGGCCAUCAGCUCAAGACGAUGAACGAUUCACAGGGACGGGGACGGGGACGGGGACGGAGUGGGCCUCGCGGCAGAGGUCGAGGUCAAGCAAGAGGAGCAGGAAUCCAGAGUAAUCGGUCAGAAGGUUCGUCUCCCUGGGCCCGGCCACAGUCGCAGGGCACGGCCACAGAUCGAGGAGGUGUGCGUGGCCGAGGGAGGGGUAGCAGAUCGUCGGCUGUCACUUACCCCAGCAAAGGCGACAGAAGCAAAUCUGUGCAAAAGCGAGAAUCGUAUGUGCGCUCUGAUGAUCCCUUCUUCGAGCCAGAUGAUGAUGUUGGGGAAGCCGGGCCAAAAGGUGCGCAAGAUUCUUCUUCCUCUUCUGACUCGGACUUGGGCGAGGGUGAGGCAUCUGGCGAGCCAAAAGUGACGCAAGCAGCAACUUCAACCUCAUCACCUCAAGUCGAGCCGAAUGCCUCCACAUCCGUCUUCGAGCGCACCACUCUCAGCCUUUCUUCAAACCCUCUACCUUCCACGAGAGACCUAUCUCGCACACUCCGACGCUUCAGCGCGCUGAGGAAGCUGGAAAUGACGCGCAUGCAGGCUUCUGCCGCAUCGCCAAACGGAUUGGAAAGCUUGCAUUGGCUACAGGAAGCAACAAUCGGAGGGAUUACCGACAGCGCAGGCAGUGAGGAGGAGCAUGCAUUUGGGCAAGACCUCACUAGCUUCGACGUUACUGGAAAUGAGGGCCUUGGCGUCAAGGGCGGGCGCGACGCGCUCAAUGGAAUUGAAAGGUUGACGGCGUUGCGAGUGCUGAACCUCACCUCAUGCUCCUUGGCACACGUGUCGUUCCAUUUGCUGCCUCGUGCACUGCACGCUCUCAUCCUCGCACAAAACAAUCUCGAGGCUAUCUCGACGCUUCCGCACUUUCCAAGUCUAAAUACGCUGAUUCUCUCUGCCAAUCGACUCGGCAAGCUUCCAGCAAAUCUGGCCAGCUCCUUGCCCGCUCUCAAAAAGAUCAAUCUCAGCGGCAACAUUAUUUCUGGCAACCAAUUGCCGGACUUUACGAGCUGCAGCGCUUUGAAAGAGGUCAACCUGCGAGGAAAUCCACUUCAGCAGCUCCCGGCGCACAUGGCCAGUUGGGGGUUGGGCGGGUCGGCGAAGGCGAGGAAAUUGCAAUCCGGUGCAAGCCGCGUGGAACGCUCGACUGACGGGGAUGGAGUGAGAAUUUUGGACCUGUCCGACUGCCGUCUCGAAGACUGGGCAUCGAUUGAACCUCUACUUCAUGUCACCAGCAGUGCGAGCGCGGCAACCCUUGAAACCGCCGAAGCUGGUCAGCAGCGCGCUGAGAGCGGAAAAGCUAGCAAGCGUCUGAAGUAUCGAGGCCUGGCGUCUCUCAGUCUGCGCGGCAACGGGGUGACGAGAAUGCCGGGAUACAGAGAAAGGAUGAUCAAGUCCGUUUCCACUUUGCGUCAACUCGAUGGCACGCUCAUCGAAGAGCGCAAGCCAUCACGACAAAGGAAAGAAGCUUCGCCACCUCUGGAGAAGUCUUCCACUGGCACCAAUCAUGAACGUCGGCGCGAUUCAGGGUGGGCCAGCCGUUCGGAGACAAAUGGCCGUUCGGCAGCAGAGAUUGAUGACGAGCCGUCGGAUCUCGAAGGUUCUGAAGAGGAGGCUCUGGCUCAGGAAGCUGCCAGGGAUCGCGCUCGGCUGCGAAGGCCUCUUACAGAGUCCAAGCCUGAAGCGUUGACACGCACUGAGUCGAAGUCGAGAAGUACUGCAAGUGAACAGACGAAGAAAAGGAAGCGCGAAGAGCGCGAGAGACCGCGCCCUUUGUCAGCCGGCGAGAAUGCACCGCAGAAACCUCGAAGCGGCCCAGGACCGCGCGCUAAGAACCCUGCUUUUGAAGAUCAGCGGCGCGAAGGCAGGACGCACAAGAGAGGAGCGCGAGGCAAGAAGCGCAAAUUGAGUGCAGAUGAGGCAUCGCAGGAGCUGGCUGGGAAGAAUGACGAGAAUGGUGUCGAUGCGUCACGGAAGCGCAAACCUACGCGCGUUGUGGAGGUGAUUCACGCAGAACCUGAACGGGGUGUCACGAGCCGCUCUCGCAAAGCAUCAGUCGAGGUGAUGGAAGAAGGUGUUCAAUCUGACGCGUCUUCGGAUGACGACCGACCAAGUCGUAAGCACAAAGCACAUAAGAGGGCAUCAGUCGUCAAAGAGGUUCUGCGCUCCGCUGCUGGUCUAGAUGAAGAGCGGGAAGCGGAAGCGUACGAGCACUUUCCUCGUGCUUCCGGCCCAGCCAAGGCGCGAGGCAAACAGGAAAAGGCAACAAUGAAUGAGCGGCAGCAAAUUUUCGGAAAUGCAGGGGCGAAGGGCAAAUCUGCACACAUUGACCCCAAGGUGCGCGAUAAUAGGUUGCCCAAGAGCUCAAACAUGUCAAAGGAUUCUGGCGCGUCGACUAGCGUGCCGGAAGCUCAUGAUCGCCCCAACAAGCCAUUGCCCAAUCGCCGCACAGCCUCAAAAAACGACGCUAGCAUGGCGAAACAGAAGCUCUCAGCUUGGGAUGCUGAUAGUCCGCUGGUCAAUAAGCAGCAAUCUUCUGCGGUCUUGCAAGCCGAGCACGAGUCUGGCGUGGCUGACAAGAAGGAUCAAGGCAAGGAGAAGACAUCCGUCAAAGGCGUGGUCGACCUGCGGAAAAAAAGCAAAGGCAACAAAACAUUGCCCACGCUCCCAGCUGCCGGCAAGGAGCUGGGCGCUGCGCGUUACACUCAGCAGAAGGCCUCUCUGCUGUUAAGUUCGCAGACGGAUGAUACGUGGGGCAGCGGCGCUGGCAGUGGCUGGUGGUAGCUCCUCUUUUGAUGCAGUACCAAGAAGGGGCUGCUUCGCACCAUCUUCAUCGCUUAGCCAAUCGUGAUCACUUUCUUUCCACCUCAGAAGGCGCAGCAGCACGAGACGACACGGGUCUUAGACGGCUACAGAGCGAGUCAAUCUCAUGCAUGCAGCAGUGACAUUCGAGUAGCGCAGUGCGAGGCAGUUAUUGUGAUAGGGAGAGGCGCUUUGUGAGCACGUCUGCGAUUCGGCAACUGGAAUCGACGCUUGUUAUUGGGAAGGAGGAACGUUUGCGCAACGCCGGGCACAUGGCUUGUAAUUUUGGACAUUGAGCUCAUCGCAGAUCUAUCCAGCCGCCUCUAGCGACUUUGGUGCGACAGAAGCCGCAGCUGGCGUGGCGCUUGGGGUGCUGCCUGACGGGCCGUUGAAAUGCAGAUGCAAAGUGAGAUCCCUUG